AAAAAAUUCUUGUUUAGGAAGGCAAUUGAUUAUCAGGUCAAAAAAAUUUUGGAUUCUUCAUUCUGAGGAUGGUGCACCUCGAGAUGACAGAUGUACAAUUUACCAAUUAUCUGACCAUAAAUGAUUUGCCGAAUGAGAUACUUAUUUAUAUAUUUUCUAUGAUUGACUUUGAGUCAUUGCUGAGUGUAGUUAAAGUAUGUGCUCGGUGGCAACAACUUUGCCUCACACCCUGUGUUUGGGACAACACAAGACUCAUAGUUUGCAUGAAAAACUAUGUAAAUAUUCGUGAAAGUGUUGUACCUUUUGUUGCUAAGUAUUUGAAAAAUGUAAAACUUCAGUAUUUUAAACUGUAUCCCCAAGUGAGAGCUUCCCUUAUAAGUUAUUGCCCUAAUCUGACUCACUUAGAGAUUAGUAUAUCGCAAGUUGACAGCUGUAUUUUUGAUGAUCUUGGUCAUUGGCCUAAUUUAAAGUUUUUGAGUUUUCGGAAUUCUUUAAUAGUACAAAACCCAGGAAAUGCCAAUGGUAAUUUCGUUUACCAUUUGCCAUUUGAGAAACUGAAAUAUUUGGAAACUGUUAUUUUGUCAAAUUUUGCACUGACUCGCAACAGUUUGUAUAGCAUGCUGCAGUGUCCUAAGUUGAUAAGCAUCAACAUAGAAAAAAUGAAAAAUAUUCCAGCUGAUUUUUUGGAAUCUCUACUAAGAACCAAGCAGUCCACUUUGAGAGCAUUACAUGUUUAUGGAGACACAUUAAAUGAUGACAUUGUAAGAUAUAUAUCUAAUUGCAAAUUUUUACAAGUUCUUCACAUAAUGACGUGCAAAACACUGUUUGAUUCAAGUUUGUUGCAUCUGUAUAGAUUAAAAAAUUUACAUUCACUGAAAUUGCGUCACUCAUAUUUUUCAACAAGCGCUUUACUUGCUUAUUUCUCAAACAACAUAUUCCAUAAUUUGACAUAUCUCAGCAUGUCGAGGUGCCAUCAUGUCAACAUGCAAGUAGCUAAAGUCAUUAAAACUAGUGCACCUAAUUUAAAAGAGCUUUCGUUUUAUCUUUGCCCAUUUAUUAUAUCUCCUGAUUUCAAUAGAUCAGAACUACAAAAGUUAUUUGAUAUAGAGCUUUUACUUGAUUGAAAGUAUAUUUCCGUCCACAAAUCAUGAUUAUAGAUUAUUUCAGUUAUGAGAUAACAAACAUAAGCAUUGUACCUUCACACAUGACAAACAGAAAUCAAUUUAAAUUAUAAC